AUGGCGCAGAGCUUACAAAACCUCAUCGACGACCUCUCCUGGCCGUAUUCAACAACCUCGGCGUACGCAGCCGCCCGAUGGCUGCGCUUCCUGCCGGAAGUCUACGGCCGGAAUCAGACGCUGGAUGCCACCGUCCGCUGCUUCGUCGCGCACCAUAUCGGGGGCAUGACGCAGAAUGUGCAGGCGGUGCGGUAUGCGCGGUCUGCGUAUGUCGAGGCGUUGACGGCACUGCAGAGGGCGCUGGAUGAUCCUGUGCAGUCUGUUUGUCCGGAGGUGCUGUGUGCUGUUCUCGUGUCAUGCACGUACGAGCUUUUUGCAAAUUCCUCCGACUCGGUCUCCUGGAUGACGCAUGCCAAGGGAUUGGGCCAGUUGGUCAGAUUCCGUAGGCCGGGUCGCUAUCGCGGAGAGUUUGAGUGUAACCUGCUCAAGGCGGCCCGGGGGCUGAUCGUCAUGCACUCGGUUUUCUCGGGAGAAGAGUGUUUCCUCGCAACAGACGAGUGGCACGCCGUGAUGCGACAGCAAUUUGACGACCUCAUCCCGGGCGAGGUUCAGGACCAGAUCGAGGAUCUCUUUGCCUCGUUCACGGCCAUCCCACGGCUGAUCCACGGCAUGUUCGAGCUCCGCACCGCAGACCCGUCCGACCCGAUCACCCGGCUCAAAAUCUCCAAGCUCAUCGCCGAGGCCCUCGUCAUGCGCACCGACCUCGACGCCUGGUACGAGCGUUUCACCCAGCUGGUCCCGCCUCCCAGCGAGGUGCCCUCAUCGUACGGCGAUCCUCUCUACCCGACUGUAUUCCACUUCUCCAGCGCGGAUACGGCCUCCGUCUUCGCCGCAUACUAUGCCUAUAUGACCGUCGUCCACGAGCUGCUGCGUACCUGCGGGUUCGGACCCCCGGGCACCCACGAGGCGUAUGUGGUGUACUUUCGCGACCAGAUCUGCAAGACUGUCGAGUAUAACGCGCGCGGGCUACUGGGGCCGUCGCGGAUGGCGUUUCCGCUGCGCGUGGCCUAUGAAGUCGGGGAUGCCACGACGAAGACAUGGAUCGAGGGGUGGUUACAGAAGCUGUCGCAGCGUCCAAAACGGCUCCGCAACCGCUCGCGCGGCGAACAACAAGGCAAUGAUACCAAGCUCCAUCAACAAUCCCAUCCCAACCAUGACCCCAACGUUCCCAGAUCCAAUCUUAUACUUUUCCGGGCCAAAAUCUGCCAACAGCACAUACGCAAUGCGGACUGUGUAAAAUGGAAUCGCACACAAAACCAGCAGAACACAGCGCCGGCCCGCAGCCGGCAACACCUUGCGAUAUCCGACGGCCAACCAUGCAGUCAGACAUACCGCAAACGCAAAGGCGAGCACCAGCACGAUUGCCCCGGCGAUGGCACAUGCGCGCACGCCCGUGCAAGCCGCAACGAUGAAGAGUACGAUACCGAAGAAUACGGGGAAGCGGAAGAAAUGCAACGCGAAGCGGGUAGCCUUGGGAUAUCGCGAGUUUCCGGGCCCCCAUCGACCGGUUUGGCCACUACUUUGUUAGAUGUAGUCUUGCAAGUGUUGAGGGCUGGGGAGGGGUACCUUCGCAGAAGAACGAGGCUCAUUUCAAAGAGAAGCGGCGAGAGUCCGAUGCUCUGGAGGGAGAUCUCGGCGAUGAGUUUGGACUUGUUGGGGUGCGGGUCGGACAGCACGACUGCUGCACCGGCUAUGCGGACUGUGAGAGUACUAUGGUUAGAGGGUGUAUGGCUGUUCGGAAUAGUGCCGCACCAACCUUGA